CAUUCACCACUCGCCACUACCUCUAUAUUUCACUGUCACAAAAUUAGGGUUUUGUUAAGUAACUGAAGAAAGAGCCCCAAAUUUUCCGUCAAUGAGAAUCAGGAAAGGGUACUGUAAUGCUCUUCAGCUUUCAUCAGUAACGCCGCCAUUAGCGUCGUCACCGGAUCUUGUUUCAUCGAUUGCUCACCAGCCUCCAUGGCCAACAACUCCCACGCCAACCUUUCCGUCACAAAAACUGCACCGCCUAUCAGACAGUGGUUCUAACGGCGGAAACGACUAUUUCUCUCCACCGCCUGUCAUGAUCAGUAGAACAAACGUUCCGGUGAAGAACACAGGAAUCGGCACCGGAGAAAAACGGAUUACGGUUGAUAGCGUGGAGAAGAUGACUACAGCAGUUUGUGAGAGCUCUAUUAGCACGGAAACAUCAAGUUCAAGCUCCGUUUCUUCCUCUUUAUCUACUUAUGGAUGGUGGUGUGAGGAAGAGAAAGUAUUUCCAUUGAAGAAAAGAAGAAUGGGCUUAGAAAAAUUCAUAACCCAAGAAUUCGAUGAGAAGGAAAAUGGAAAGAAGGAAUCAGUUGUUGCUAAUUAUAAGUCAAGAAUCAAGAUUUGCCAUAAGAAAGGGAAAGAUUAUGACGAUAAUUAUAGCAAUAAUACAAGAAUAGGUAAGAGUUUGAGAUGUUGUAGGAAAAAUGGGAAAGGAUGGAGAUGCAGUAGAGAGAGAGCUGAAGGCUGUGAAUUCUGUGAGCAUCACAUCAAGUUGAGAGAUUGGGAAGUUAGUAGAAACUCAGACAAUGGCGGUGAUGGUGAGAAAGAAUUUAGGGUUGGUAGUAAGAAGAAAAAGAGGACUAUGUUGAUAAGUAGAAUACUUGAUAGAACAAUGCCUUUGGUUGCUAAUACUAGUUUCUAGCUAGAGAUUUUCUAUUGUAUUAUUUAUAUGUCAAGGUUUCUGAUUAAUACAGUUGAAUAUACAUGCAUGUAGUCAUUAAUUAGUUAUUAGGUUGGUGACAUGGAGGUCUAUAUGUAGUUAAAUGCCUGAAAAGGAAUGAAAAGCAGGCUGUGGCUUGUUUACUUUUCUAAUUCCUUCAGUUAUUGAUCUAUGGUUUCUCUGUAAUCUUGCCAUAAUUGUAGUAGUUGUCUUACCUUUUAAGUUUUGUUCAAGAAAAGCUAGCUAGUAGCUAUUAUUCAAU